GAGUUACGAACCUACAUGCUCAUUUACAUACGGCGCGCGCCCGUUGAUUUAUCCUCAUUAGCUUCUGAGACAGGCCGCGCAGAACGUGGCAACCGUGACCCCGCCCCCUGCGUUGGGCGUGGCCCCCUGCAGCUGCUCUGCUGGGCGGGGGCUAGCCGCACGCACCAUGUGCGAGAUAUGGAUAACAGACAUGAUGAGAAAUGUGGAACACCAUGCGCUACAUCACAAGAAGAGAUGAAAGUCAGAGGGAAAGACAAGAGAAAGCGAAAACGCAGCCGAAGCAGAUCAUCAUCCAUUUCAUCAACAUCGUCUGCUGGUACUACUACUACAUCCUCCUCGUGCUCUUCAUCAAGAUCUUCCUCUUCUUCAAGCAGCAGAAGCAGUUCAAGUGGCAGAGAUUCUCCCAAGUCUAAAUCAAAGAAAAGGAAAAAAGAAAAACGCAACAAAAAGAAGAGGAAGAAAGAGAACAAGCUGAAGAAAAAGAAAGAGAAGAAAAAAAAGAGAGAGAAAUCAGGGCCUGUCCAGCUUUCCAAGUACCUUAAAGACAAAAAGAAGACCGAAAACUACAGUAUGAUAACAGGAAAAAAAAUUAAGAUGAAAAUAAAGAAGAGUAAAAAGGAUAAAGAGAGAGACCGAAACCGUGCUGAACUCCUCGAUUUCCUAAAUUCUGCCUUCUAAUGGAAAGAGUGCCGAGCAAGGACUUGUAAAUCUCCCAAGCCAACCGGUCAUCCUGCCUAGCAAAACACAAAAGAAACUCAGGGAAAAGGGCACCUUUUGUGACAAGACCAGACUCUUGUGCUGUGAAGACAAUCAGUGUCCUUUACAACUGGCAAAAUGAAGAGUUACUGCUAACUUGUUUAUUAAUAUCCACGUCCUCCUUUUGAGAUCCUAAAGUAAUAGCCAAGUUGCAAUGUUGUAUGAGUGCUUUAAAUGUGUUGCUGAUGAUUAUCUGAAGUGAAAUGACAUUAUUGUACUUCAGCAUAUCAAAUACAUCCCAGAGCUGCAUGCAGAGCACACUCAUAAUUUCAAAUGUCUUUAAUGUUUGUGGUAGCUGAAACAUAGCAGAGUACUAGAAAAAAUAGGUGUUUCUGUAUAUAUCUUUCUUAGUAGUGAUUUUAUUUGUUCUAACGACCACGAUGACUCUUCGUGAAUAGUACAUCUACAGAAAUGAAUAUCUUUUUUAACAAUCGUUUCAGUAUGUUGCUUUCUCAAAAAGUUUGAGACUCAAGCCUUCCCACGGGUGUUUAUUACCAUUUCUCAAAGCUUGGUAACAAAUUUAUAAUUAAAAUAUUCUAGAGUAAUAAAAACAUUCGCUGAAUAUUUUUAUUCAGAA